AUGAAAAAGCAGCUAGUAAACAUGGCGAUGGCAGAAAAGAAAAACGAAUACCCACCGGGGGUUGAAGCCGAUAGAAAACUGUUAUGCUUCGAUACGUGGGAAGACUACUUAGAUUCGCUUAUUGAAAUCGCUGAUCUUCGCAACUUGAGGAGUAUAGCUUCUGCGAGGACUAUUGCUGCACUUGGAUACAGAGCCUACGGUGACACAUUAACUGAGAAAGAGUUUUACACCCGCCGAGCUUGCAUCCACGAAAUCGUGUACCCUAAAGGAAAGCCGUAUGUGCUGGUCAGUGAAGGAGCAGACCUGGAUGAUUCCUUUAAUAGGGAACUGGCUGUGAGGGAGCGAGCGAAUAGAGUCGGCAUUCUACAGUCCAUUAUCUUCGUACGUCACUUCACGAAAGGCGGCUUCGAGAUAUCAGGGUACAUAGACUACGCCCACAGACUGAUAUCAGAGAACUGGACGCCUUUCUUCAAGCACGGCAAAACUCUAUGGCCUAGGGACAAUGACCUCGGGUAUUAUCACUGGCGACAUGGCACUGUGAGGAGCAAUAUUAGUAGGAACUAUAAGCCGGUAAUGGACCCCGACAGAGGCCUGCUAUUCCAAAAUCGUCACGACCACAAGAUUAUAUGCCCGGAUCCCCAACAGGACCCGGGUCAGAAUACCACCAAGCAAAGGGUCUAUUCUCCGAAUUAUACGCAGAUCGAAAUAUAUGACCAUGUUGUACGUAGACGAAGCUGA